AUGGCAUAUUCGAAUAGCACUAGUGAUCGAAUGGACGAGUUGCGAUUUCGUAGCCAACAGGCAUCGAGGAAUGAUGCGUCCAUGCUCGGUCUUGUUUCUCCUCCUCGAAAUGGAAACCGAAUGCCACAAUCGUUACAACCUCAAGAGAGUCGUGGAGGACUGACGAGAAGAUUCACUACCGAUUCAGGGAGAGUUCCAACAAUUGCUUCUAUCACCACUCAGCGUACCGCGCAAGAAUCUCAGGAAUACGGUCCCUCGACGUACCAUAAAGUACAACUGUUAGAGAAAAAGAAACUCGAAUACGAGAGGCUCCGUGAACAAAAGAGGCGGUUCGAGGCGGAGAUGCAAUUGUUGGACCUACAACAACGAAGAGACGAGCAAGAGUUACAGCAAAUGCAAGAAGAUCUUGGUCGAUCUAAUAACAAUAAUAACAACGCCGGCCAUCAAUCAGAACCAACCACACCACCAGAAUACAGAGAAUCCUCAUCUGGAUUUCCUUCAGCAUUUUCUCGUCCUAAUAGAUAUUCGACAUCUAGCAUUACCUCUCCUCCAGGUCUUUAUAACCGUCCAGGAAGAUCUGGCUCUCAACUCACAUCGCCGCAAGCUGGAAUCAUGCAGUCUAGACUCAUAAUUGAUGACAAGCUACCUUCAAAGUCUGUGCCAGGCUCACGCCGCAAUUCAGAUGAAGAUGAAAAGGAGGAAGCAGUAAGACAAGAUCCAACCAGCCAUCGUUCCACCAAUGCUCUCAAUAGAUAUUCUAUGCCAGUUACUAAAUCUCGCAACGGUAUGCACGAUAUGUUGUCCCUUGACCAAACCAAUACCACUCGCUUUCUCUUCGGCGAAGAUGAGAAUGCUGCACCCGGAAGCGUUGAUAAAUAUUUGAAUAUGAACGCUACCGAUGACAAAUUCCCUAUUCUUGUUCGUCGCGACGAGUUCCCUGGUUUGCUUUCCGCUUCUUCUGCAGCACUUGAUUUAGCUUUAUCUCAAUCACCUGCACCAGAGUCCAACGCUAAUGGUUGGAGUUCGUUUGCCCGCCAUCGACCAAAUCAACAAAGCCUUCCAAUGAAUAAUCUUCAAUCUCCUCAACAAAUUACAACCUCUAUUGGUCAGUCUAGCACCGCUGAGUCUCCCAUCAGUGUUCGCCCAUCCUAUCGUCAUUCCUUGGAUUUGAAGUAUUUUGAAGGCCCGCAGGAUGGUACUGCUCAAGUGACAUCUCCACCAAAGCACGUUCAAGCUACCCCACCAAAGCUUCAAUCAUCCUACUCUGCCAACGACGUCCCAACGGUUCGCACAUCUACAAACGGCAUGCAGAACAACAACAAUACUCCUAAUUCGCACGCUCAACAACACUUGCACAAUCAUAAUGCUAGCUUGGGUCGCAUUCCACCAAAUGCUAUGAACAGGCUUAGUCGUGAAAUGACUUCUGGAGACAAUGGCACUCUGCGUGAGGCUCAGAAUGGUUAUCAAUCGAUCCAAUCUGCCCUGCAAGCCAGUGCUGCACCUUUCGGUCCAGCUUUAACACAAGCCAUGGCUCAAGGCAUGUCUCAAGCUCAGAUGUCACCAUCUGUGACUUCUCCAACCGGCCAACAAAAUUACCCCACACCAGUUCAGGGCUAUUAUAAUAAUUAUGGUAUGCAUAUGAUGAGCUUGGGAAUGCAGAACAUGCAACUUGGUCAACAAAUGUACCCCCCUCCAAAUUCUUACAACAACUAUGGCAAUUCGAUGUAUCAACAACAUAAUGGUGGACAGAGAGAUAGUCAAGCACGAGUCAUUCAACAACGUCGUCAAAAUGAUGGAGAAGCAAUGAACCGUUUUGCAAACGUAGCCUUGGAGCAGCUUGGUGGCGAGAUCUACGCAUUAUGCAAGGAUCAACAUGGCUGCCGUUACUUGCAAAAGAAAUUGGAAGACCGCAACCCCGAGCAAGUUCACAUGAUUUGGCUCGAGACAAACCAACAUGUCAUUGAGCUUAUGACCGAUCCCUUUGGAAAUUAUCUUUGUCAAAAGUUGCUUGAAUACUGCAACGAUGAAGAACGCACUGUCCUGAUCGAAAACGCCUCGCACGAUUUGGUCCGCAUUGCUUUGAACCAACAUGGAACACGAGCCUUGCAAAAGAUGAUCGAGUUUAUCUCUACAGCAGGUCAGGUUCAGACAAUUAUUGGCGCUUUGCGAUACCGUGUCGUCGAGCUUAUCCAGGAUUUGAAUGGCAAUCAUGUCAUUCAGAAGUGUCUGAACAAACUCUCUCCAACAGAUGCCCAAUUCAUUUUUGAUGCCGUUGGACAGCACUGCGUUGAUGUCGGAACUCACAGACAUGGCUGUUGUGUCCUUCAAAGGUGCAUUGAUCAUGCUUCUGGCGAUCAAAAGGCUUGGCUGAUUAGACAGAUUUCGAACAAUGCUUACGUAUUGGUUCAGGAUCCUUUUGGUAAUUAUGUGGUUCAAUACAUUCUCGAUCUCAACGAGCCCAUCUUCACCGAGCCUUUGGUUGCUAUGUUUGCAGGCCGAGUUGCACAGUUGUCGAAGCAGAAGUUUAGUUCAAACGUCAUUGAGAAGUGUCUUCGAUGCGCCCAAGAACCUUCCAAGGACAUGUUGAUUGAGGAAAUGCUCCAACCUAAUCAGCUUGACGGUCUUUUGCGAGACUCAUUCGCCAACUAUGUUAUCCAGACCGCCUUGGACUACGCCAAUUUGAACAUGAAGACACGUCUCAUUGAGGCUAUUCGACCCCACCUGCCAGCUAUACGCACCACACCUUAUGGUCGCCGCAUUCAAGCUAAGAUUCAAGGCAAUGAAAACCGCGGAAAUACCUCGACUGGUCCCACCACUCCUAACGAUAACGAGACUGGUCAACUUGCUACUCGUCACCAACGUGGCAUGUCCAAUGUAUCAGCCGGUCCCUUUGCUAGCUCUCCCGGAGGAUUCCCAAAUGGCAUUGGUCCUGCACCCAUAACCAAUGGUUUACCACUUCCCGCAAUCCAAUCUCCAACUCAGCAAGGAGCUGGCUUUCCACCAAACAGUCGCCUUACUUCACCUGCCGCUGCUCACCCAUACAAUUAUGGUAGAGCUGGCGCUCAGCCUGGCACUCAGCCUGGAGCAGGUAGUGACUGGUUUUAA